AUGGAGCAAGCAGCGCUCCGCGGCAAAACCACGCCGUUCGCGGUCUACGCAGAGGUCCUCAACGAGUCGACGGGUCAUGUCACGGCCACCGACGCAGAGCUCGACGACGGCGCCAUGAUGAACGUCGCCUCCUAUGACUUCCUCGGUGCCUACGGACCCGUCACGCUCCGCCCAAGCAACGUUUACGCCAAGCUCGGCAACGGCAAGGUCGUCAAGUCAGACGGCAGCGUCGAGCUCACAGUUUGCGUCGGCAACAAGCAGGACCUUUCACGCACCGUCAAGCAGUCCUUCGAGGUGCUACGAGGUUACCCCGGCGCGCUGCUCUUUGGCAAGCCUUGGAAAGCCGAAAUCGGGAUGAUUCAUUUCUACCGACUUGAGCUCGCCUUCAUUCCGAUGCCGGACAAGACGACCGACGGCAGACGAUGGAUCCGACUGGAGAGCGAGCGCCAGGCGUACAUGCCGGGUCUGCCAGAGACGCCGCUCGACGCUCUCCGUCUGACCGAGGAUGCCAUGGACGCCAACGUUGAGGAACUCGAGUUGCUCGCCCUGCACGGGCUUGACCGCUGUUCCACCGCACCGCCGCCCGCGAUCGAAGGAGACCUUGACGCAGCCCUCCCGCUGUAUGACAAGACAGACGAGAUUGAGAUCCCGCUCGAAGACGAUGUUGAGCUAGGGGAGAGUGAAGAGUCAGCCGACGCCACUGCCUCCGCCGCAUCCCUGUACACCGUCCAGCCCGCGGAAACGCCCGUCGACCCGGAGGAGUUGCAACGUCUUCAACAGCUCUACCCGUCGACCAACGACGAUGCGGAUUACCUUGCGGAGCGUCAGCGCUACCGAGAUCGCUUCCAGCCCUUCCGUCUUAGCGGCCGACCGGACGACGACAGUGAUGAACGAGCGCAACGAGUCGCCGACACCAUAGCUGCCCGCUUCGGCAGCGUCGGCACUCCAGCUGAGCGUGAGCACUUCAAGGCGCUCCUCAAGGCCAAGCACCUCGCCUUCGCGGAGUCACUCGCCGACUGCAAGCAGAACCGCGCCGUCGUCUGCGAUCCCAAGCUCACCGCCGAGCCGCCGCCGACGACGCAUCGAGGCCGCCAGCAGCCGCUCUCUCCGCCGCAACAGGAGUUCUUCAAUAAGAUCGUCGACGAAUAUAUGGCGAACAACAUCAUGCGCUACAUCGCUGAAGACGAGGUCAGCGUCGUAUCCGAGACGCGCAUAGUGCCGAAGCCAUCGUCGGAGUACCCUCCCGUCUCUCUCGAGGUGCUCAAGCAGAUCGUCAACUCUGCAUUGAAGAAGGCCGGCCUCGAACACGAUCCGACGAUCCCCGAGCCAGAUCCAGCCGCCCUCGCUCGCCCACCGCCCGCCGAGAAGAAGUGGCGCCUUGUCACCAAUUACGCCGGAGUCAACAAGUACAUGCGCGACAAGUCCUUCUACCCAGGCGACAUGGACGUCAAGAUGGGCAAGCUCUCGGGCAAGCGCUACGUCUUUAAGGUGGAUGGCUGUUCCGCCUUCUUCGUGGCGCUUCUCUCCGCCUGCGGCAUGCUGCUCUCAACGACCUGGGUGCCUGGCCGUGGCUACGUCGUUUACAUGGUCAUGCCCUUCGGCUUUAAGAUCUCGCCGUCCGUUUUCAACCGCUUCAUCGUCGAGGCGUUCGGCGACAUCUUCGACUGCGACACGACCUGGUGGAUGGACGACAGCGGUGGCGGCAAGCAGAGCUACGGCGACUUUUACGAGUUCAAUCGACUGUUUCUCGACCGCUGCAUCGACGUCGGCUUUACUCUCUCGGUUAAGAAGUGCUCCUACUUCCACGAGGAGGUCCAGUUUUGCGGCCACAUUGUCGGCCAGCACGGUAUCCGAGUCGAUCCCGAGCGCCUUCGCGCCAUCGUCGACUGGCCUAAGCCUUCUACGGUACGCGAGCUCAUGCAGUUCCGCGGCACAGCUUCGUAUCUGCGCAGCAAGGUGCCCGACUUCGCCAAGCACUUUGCACCGCUCGACGAGCUCACCCGCAACGUCGAUGACUACGAUAGGUCUCUCGAUGACCUCUGGGGCCCUCGCCACGAUGCCGCGUUCCUGCAAGUCAAGCAACAGCUCGUCAACUGUCGCGUCGUCCGCGAGCCGCGUUACGAUGGCCGCCCGUUCUUUGUGCACUCGGACUGGAGCGGCGAAGGCAUCGGUGCCGUUCUGCUGCAAGAGUACCUCGUCCAACAAGAUCCAGCCACGAAGCGGUGGGACGCCAUCGAGGACACUGAGAUCCAUGAGCCGCUCGACGAGACUGCGGCGUCGACCGCCGACAAGCCCAAGGUCAAGCGCGUCAUCUUUCCGCUCGCAUACGCCAGCAAGCGCAACACAGAGCGAGAGCAACGAUACCCGGCGCAUCUCGGAGAGCUCGUGGCAGCGAAGUUCGCCCUGGACAAGUUUGCGCCGUAUACGUUUGGUCAGCCUAUCGUCCUCGUUACCGACUGCCAAGCCCUCAAGCAGAUUCUCGACUCGGAUCGCUUCCCGAAUGCGCACGCCCGCUGGCGCGAGGAGCUGCUCCGCCACGACAUCAUCCGCGUCGAGCAUGUCUCUGGCCGAAGCCACCAGCUCGCUCACGGCCUCAGCCACCGGCCACCCGCUGCUUCCGAUGACCCGCCCGAGCCCGUCGAGACUACGGACUGCGAACUGCUGUCGCUGUCGCUCAAGACGCUACCCAAGGUCCCUCGAGACGACGAGUACUUGCGCAUCGACGAGACCGCGGAGCGCCUGCUCAAGCGCUUUGAAGGGGACGAGCUCGAGGCUACCGUACGAUUCCUCCUGCUCCUCGAGAUGCCCGAGGACCGAGUGACCCGCGACCGACUCCGGCGCCAACGCCUCUACUUCGUCAAGGACGGCCAACUUUGGUACCGCUCGGCACUCUGGCCGCUCCGCGUUGUAUCGCGGAAGGAGGGCCGCGACAUCCUGCGCCAAGUGCACGAUCGAGAGGGUCAUUACGGCCGUGCCACCAUCCUCACCAAGCUACGCCUCCAACAGCGCCUCACCUGGCCGCGCCUUGUCCACGACGUCGCCGAGUUCGUCAAGCGCUGCCAGACGUGCCAGCAGUUCGGACCGACAGAAGGGACCACACUCAGUCCCGUCGUCGUCAUCUCGCCGAUGGAGACGUGGGCCGCCGACUUCGUCUCACUCCCGCUGUCACACGGCAUCAACAAGCUACUUGUGGUCAUCGACUACUUCUCGCGCUUUACGUGGGCGUUCCCGGUCCGCAGCGCCACCGGCAAGGAGGUCGUCAAAGCGCUCGCGUCGCUACGCAAGGCGCUCGGACACCUGCCGCACACGCUCGUGACCGACGGUGGCUCUCAUUUCGACUGUCAAGAGGUCGCGGUCUACCUCGAAAGCGUCGGCACACUGCAUCACAUCACGCCAGCGUACGCUCCAUGGGUCAACGGUAUGGUCGAGCGCGCCAACCGCUCCAUCCUCGACGAGAUCAAGAAGCUGUCCGCGCCAACAGAGGUCCCUAUCGGCGAGACCGCAUCCGCCCAGUGGCUACCGCACCUCGAUGACGCACUCCGAGCCGUCAACAGGCACCCGAUGAAGGAGCUGGCCGACCAUUCGCCCUUGCAGCUACAUUACGGGCUGACGCGCUAUCCGCGCGAAGACCUCGUCGCUGCGACCAUCGAGCCCACCGUUGACCAGCGCCAACUGGCCCGCGCGUUUGUUGAUGCAGAUCGUGAGCGCGCCCAGAUCCGUCACCUCGGCAGCCAAGACCGCCAGUUACGCACGUCAGCGCCGCGACGCGAGCCUGAGGAGUUCAAAGAGGGAGAUCUCGUCCUCAAGUACGAAAGCCGCUUGCGCUCGACCUACGCUACCGCCGCCAAGCUCGCGCCGCGCUGGACAGGCCCAUACGUCAUCGAGGCCAAGUUCCGCAAGUCGUACCGCAUCCGACUCGUUGCCGAUCCAGCCCACAUCGAGCGAGCCCAUCGCCGACGCCUCAAACGUUUUUGGCCGGCGCUUCCCGAGAACGACGCAGACCUCGACGCUCUCGAUGCCACUCUCGAUGAGGCCACCGACGACGAGGCCCUGUCGUGA